AGUGAAAGACUGAAGAAAAAGUCCCAGUUUCCACUCUCACUUUUCUGUUUCCUGUCUGGAAUAAUAAAGUCUCCGAUCAGCAGCAUGUUGGACACAAAUUCAAUCUCUCCAUCAUGUUCAACAUGUUCAUCAUGAUCAACUGGACCGGCCUGCUCCUCGUCCUCUGCAGCUCCCUGACUCCUGUCCUCUGCUGUGAUUGGCUCAGACACUACGGUCACCUGAGCAACACCUCUCUGACCCUCGUCCAGCGCAUGGGCGGUCAGCUGACUGAGGAGAUGAGUCCAGUUUACUUUCCAUCAAAACUCUACAAACGCAUAAAGAAUGACUCGGUGGAGUCACAGCUGGUUUUCAUCAGAACCAGUCUGGAGCUGAUCGCUGGUCUCUAUAACCAUGACAACCGUUCCUCUGUUGCCUGGGAUACCGACACAACUGAACGCUUCCUGAUGACCAUUGACAGCCAGACAGACGGACUCAACAGCUGUGUUCCGACUAACAGGCAAAACAUCAAACUGAAAAAAUACUUCAGGAGACUGGAAACGAGUACUCUGUACCGCACGGGUGGGAGUGCUGCGUCCUGGGAGCUGAUCAGGAAGGAGAGUAAACGGCACCUGGAGAUGUUGGACGUCCUGGUGGGCUCCAUCAACGAUUCCUCAGCUGCUGCUGCUGCCGGCCGGCGGCGGCGUUCUGCAGCGACUCAAAAGUGACGCUGACACGUCAACAUGUAUUCUGUUUCUCUGUGAGAGACUCUGUUUGUUUUCUACUGUCAUUCUAUUUAUUUAUUUAUAAUUUAAUUAUUUUAUUUAUGACCAAAGCUAUUUAUUGUUUUUACAGACUGAUUUUACUUGAAAACAUUUUGAUAACUUACAAUAAAGAUAUUUCAUGCAACUCA